GUUUUAAAUAAAUAUUGUGAAUUUGUAGGGAAAAUAAUUUAUUUAACAUGUCAUCGUUCACUGAUGUAUCGAAGCAGAUCCAUUUACUGAACGAUUUAAUAAUGUCGGAAAUGUUAAGAGGUAACAAGGGAAUAGACGAUGAGUCGGUCAAAUUCAGCAAACACUUACUGAUAAUAAAGUAUUGGUUCAUGAGGAUAUCUUGGGUAAAUAAAAAGAGAUUUAUGUUAACUCUCCUCAAGGAUGUUACAAGUGUAUGGACUCUCUCUCUGUUACUAAAGUCUAUAUGGAGCUCACGGCCUAAGGACGCAGUUUCUUCAAUAAGCGAGUUUAAAAACAUCUGGAGCAGUUACGAUCAAGUACCGCUAGACAAUAACAGGACAGCAACACCAUUGCGGGAAAUAGAUGAUGUGAUAGAAAGAGAACGACACUGGUUUACCACACUUGAAUCUGAACAUCAAGCCAUAGUUUUUUGUGAGCUGCUGACGGUCGCUGGUGGGCCUAUUUUGUGGGAAGUGCUGAGAGAAGCAUCCAAGAUAUACCACGCGCAUCGCGACCGGGAACUGGAAGAUAUUGUGGACUGUGUUCCAGUUGUACCUUCAGGAACAUCACCGCUGGAUAAAGCUAAAUCACCUCCAGCUGAGCCGCCUAAGAAGGAGCCACACAAGGGUUUAACUGGAGACUCUUUAAAGCAAACACAGCUAGUAGAUGCUCAAAAAGAAUUGGAGACCCACUUGGCAACAUGGAAUGUAGUCAUCAAGUCGAUGAAAGAUAAUAUAAAAUUAGAGGAGAUACAAAUAAAAUUUAAUGAUGGCGCGAUGAGAAAUGUAUGGAGGGUAAAUCGGCCCAAGCCCGAAGCAACAGAAACAGUUGAUUUCAUACAGCUAUUGCUAGGAACAGUUGGGAAACGGAUCCUUACGCUUAUACCUUCAACACAAUAUGGAGAAUUAUCUCGCGUCAACAAAUACUGGGCUUUUUUGAUUGAUGAGCUGAAAUCAGAAAUAUUGGCUAGACAAAAAAUUGACAUGGACUUGGCAAAAUUGAAGAUUAUUUCAAAGGAUAUGGUACUUCGCCACGAGCCGAAUACGACUGUUGGUUCACCUACUCCACCGAAUACAGUCUCGAUAUCGUUUUCAACGAAGCAUUCAGUUAAAACGAUCACAGCACCGAUACGAGAAAAGAAACAUUUUGUGAAAAUGCCUAAAGAGAAAAUGGUGCCGGUAUUUUCAAUCCGAAGAAUGGCAGAUUUACACGAAAAAUUAGAUGCUAGAGGUUCGGCUGAUGAUGAUUUGUGGAAAUGGUGUGGCAACACCAUAAGGUUGUACAAGAAGAUGACCGGAAAAAGCGCAAAAUCAAAGCACGAGGAAGGUCUCCUACCGCUUAAAAGCUUGAUUUUCGCCUGUCCCCUGAUGAAGUACAAUGUGACAGUUCCAUUGGAACAGCCCCUCGUUGUAGACCCCACAGUAACCAUGUGCAAAGAAAAUAUAAGAGUAGAAGCUGUGAAGGCAUUGAAAGACAAAAAUAUCAAACGCUACAACUGGUGGUGCAAGGACUUGGCAAAGCUAUAUCUUGCCCAGAAGAUACCGUCAUAUCAAGCUCUUUUUUAAUAACAAACCAGGUUAAGGGCUGUGCAACACAAUUCUUGCUAUAAUUUUGUA